AACGGCACCCUUCUUUUUUUUUUUUUAAGUGGCGGAAAUGGGCUUCCACCGGUUUGAGGGCGGAAAAUGUCAGUAGCUUUCGGUGCAAAAAAAUGAAUUUGGCGGGUGGUGAUGUUUAGGUAUUUAUAUCAGGUACCUCUUCAGCGGCGUGUAUGGUAAGUAACUUUCUGUUCCCAGCUGAUGCCCGGUGUCUGCGGCAGGUCUCAUCAGGAAUCAGUAAACAUUUAUUGCCAUAAUAUGUCCGACAUACAAGGAAUUUGACUUGGCGGUUGGUGCGUAACAGCAGACAGUGCGACAAUGGCCAACAAUGUUUAAAAAGUAAAAAUAAAGUGCACCAGCGAACAGAAAGUGACGGGAGUAAGUGACGUGUGUCGUGUGAAGAAAGUGACCGGUGGAUUGUCAGAGUCAGUGGGGAACCGCGAUCGGUUGACGAGCCCGACUGCCGACGGGAAGAAGCUGUUCGUGUGGCGGGAGGUCUUAGUCCUGAUGGACCUCAGCCUCCUGUCUCAUGUCUUCGGCUGCGGCGUUGUUGUAGACGCAGUGGAUCCUCAUCCCGGCCGGGUACGGUGUCUGGAAGCGUAUUUGAUUCUCUUUGAGUACAAAGACAUAAAGAAACGCCUUCAGUUUGUUUGCGCAAAGGCACAACUCUCCCUUCGUAUGUGAUCUUUCUGGCACAAGCUUUUAAAAGUAUUUGGUUUGUGUCAAGGGUUCGCUCUGUCUUCCAUAAAUAACAUUGAGCUUCCAUCACUACCCUUCACCAACGGAUAUUGUUCCGACACGAGCGCGCUUCCUGACCCGCACUAGACGUGGAGCUGCUGUUUGAGGCAGUGCCGCCGCGCUUCCUUCAACGUAAUGUCCUGUACCCGUGUGAAUGUUUUUUCAUACUUCUACUACUUCUGCUCCACCACAUUUCAAUGGGAAUUUUGUACUAUACGUACAUCACAAUACAUUUAUUUGACGGUGUUGUUGUUGAGUAGCUUGUCAAUAAAAGAUUCACAUACGGUUAAAAACAUGUUCGAAGAGAUCACAUCAAGUAUUUUUUUAAUAAAACUGGUUCCUUGGGGCAAAUAAACACAGAGGUGAGGUCAAUUUGUUUUCUAUUUUGAUUGCACUACAACAUAUCUGCCUUCACUGUCCCUGAUCUCUUUGACAAGGUCAAAAUUAAGAGUUGUGUACUAGUAUGGCCACUCAUCUUUCUGCAGUUUGCAUUGGAUCUUUAGAAAGUGUUCUUAUAUCCUGUUAGAAGAAUUCUCACUCGACACCGUGUAAUAUCAUCAAAAAGGACAUUUAAUUUUUGCAAACAGUUGCCACAACACCACAACAUUAUAAACAUCAUUGCACAAACAUGUUGAUUAUCAGAUAAACCCAGAACACCAUGUGCUGUGGAGAAUUGUCCUCUUUCAAGUAAGAGCUUCCUCUUUGCUAAAGAAAAGUAUCUCCACCACACCCCAGUCACGUGUGGUUCAUCCAUAUACCAACAAAUCAAAAUGACAAUGGGGGGAUGUAUAGAAGUUCACUUCCGCCACAAAAAUUAUUUUUGUGGUGUCUUACGUGAAAGCACAUAUUGUUUUGCAUUUACUGUCCUUAGAGAGUCUUACAGAAACCUGGCGGUUGGCAGCAGUCAGGCUGCAGUCAGAGCACAGAGGAGACGCCCAGACUGAAAGUUGCGCGCGCAUGCGCAGAGCCGACACUACAAGAGAACGACUGUUACGGAAUAAAUACCACGCGGAACGUAUUUUACCUCCCAAUAAGUUUGGUUUAUUUCAGACUCGGAAAUACCGAAAAUGAUUUAGACUCCGGUAAAAGCGGACCACUGUGCGCAGUGUGGUAUUAUAUUCACAGAUUCGGACUUCCCGACGAGACGUUGUUAAAACACAAACGAAACCUCUCUGUGACCGUUAUGACGCCAACAUCCUGCUGCAAGGAGCCUGCGCACAUCUCGUCAUUCUAACGACUUUCUAACGGUAACCUUCUUUUUUUUUAAUGGCGGAAAUGGGCUUCCACAGGUUUGAGGACGGAAAAUGUCAGUAGCUUUCGGUGCAACAAACAAAAAAGAAGUUGGCGGGUGGGGGGGUUCAGCGGCGUGUGCGGUCACUAACUUUCUGUUCCCAGCUGAUAUCUGCCCCCCCCGAGUGGAUCCUCAUCCCGGCCGGUCAAGGAGGAUGUGCUAUGCUGAAGUUGAAGAGCAAGACUAAUGACCAUGAAGACAACAUGCUGUACAAGAAGGUUGUACCAUGCCAUCUUCCUUUUUCUGGCUGUCUUUGCCUUAAUCUUUGUGCUACGUCGCAUGGAUAUUUUGCAGUAUCAUCCUCAAGUCAACCCCAUCAAAUCGCAAGAUUCAAUCAUCCCCAAAUUUCAUCCUAAAGUCAAUGCCACCAUCAUCAUCCCGAGAGUCUCCCCUCAUCAUAUCGUUAAUCGCAACUUCUGCACCUUCCAGCCGCUGUCCCUCCAGGACGCUUUGGAGGAACGUCUCAUACUAGACUCCAUUGCUUGGCCUGAAACUCCACUUUUGCCAUCUCCUAUUUCCUUGGAGCAGACCACUGAUCCAGCCCACAGCACCUUCACCAUUCUCCCAGGGAGGAAAGGGGGGCAGUGGCAUGUAGGGGACCAGCUGGAGGUUAUGAUACAAACCUUUGACUUCCAGGGUCGUCCAAAGAAGUCUGGGGGGGACUUCAUAACUGCCCGUCUGCACAACCGGAAGCUUGAAGCAGGUGUGGCCGGGCAAGUUGUGGACCAUCUGAAUGGGAGCUACUCUGCUGUGUUCUCUUUACUCUGGAAAGGAGACGCACAAGUUGAGGUGACUCUGGUUCAUCCUAGUGAAGCUGUCACAGUGCUGAACAGACUAAACAGAGAACAGCCUGACAGGACUUACUUCAAGAGCCUCUACCGCUCAGGCUCAUUCUCUGAAACCACCAUCUGUAACGUCUGCCUCCGGCCAACCCAACAACUGCUGUGUAACUACACUGACCUCCGUACUGGUGAGCCUUGGUUCUGUUACAAGCCAAAGAACUUGAGCUGUGAUACCAGGAUCAACCACUUCAGGGUAGCAUUCAAACAGAACAUCAUAUCGAAGGAGGAGAAGCUCUUUCAGAGUGCUGUCAAUCUGAAAGUUCCCAUUCAGGCUACGGGACCUUCCAACGUCGCUGGGUUGCCAAAAGAGCAUGGUCAGCUGAAGGUGAAUAGCAGCUCUGUUACUGGACCCUCUGGUUAUUACUACCAGGGUGUGUGGCGAGCACUAGGUGGCACCACAGUCUCUCAAUUCAACAGUUCUGCCAUCACUCAGUGUCUGAAAGGCAAAGCAGUUCACAUGUAUGGAGACUCCACAGUCAGGCAGUGGUUUGAAUUCCUCAACGCAGUUCUACCAGGUCUCAAGGAAUUUGACUUACACAACCGGAAACCAGUUGGACCUUUUAUGUCCUUAGACUAUGAAAACAACAUCUUGGUGACGUACCGCUGCCACGGUCCUCCUAUUCAUUGGAUCACCAUCCCAACCAGAGAGCUUCGUUACAUUGCUAAUGAGCUAGAUGACUUGAACGCAGGCCCCAACACUGUCGUAGUCCUUAGCAUCUGGGCUCACAUCACCACUUACCCCAUGGAGAUCUACAUCAGGAGACUACAGAGCAUCCGUAGGGCGGUGGUGAGGCUUCUGGACACAAAUCCUGGCACGAUGGUCAUCAUCCGGACCGCAAACUCCAGAGCUUUGAGCCUUCAGGUUUCGCUAACCAACAGUGACUGGUAUUCGCUGCAGUGUGAUAAGGUGCUCAAAGCCAUGUUCAAAGGACUGAACGUUCAUCUGAUAGAUGCCUGGGAAAUGACCCUGGCCCACCACCUGCCGCACGACAUCCACCCACCACCUCCCAUUAUUAGGAAUAUGAUGAACUGUCUGUUUUCCUAUAUAUGUCCUCAAAAGCAUGGUUAGAUGUUUUUGUUUUGGGGGCGCAAACUGUAUUUGAGCACAUCUAUGGCAGCAAAUCACUGUCAAAAUUCACGAGCGCAAAUCAGGUUGAUGCGCACGUGUAAAUCAAACAUCCACGACCAAAAGUCUGUCUCGCGCGAGACGGACAUGUGUGAAGAUGAAAAUGAAGUCUGAAUUUGUGAAUAUCUUGUCUGUAAUAACUUUCAAUUCUGAUUGCUUUUUGGAAAAUCUUAAUUACGAGAUAAGAUAUGCGCAGCCUCCUUCAUAGUUAGUAGAAUUAGUAUAAGUAAAAUUGGCAAGAUAUUCACAGAUUCAGACUUCAUUUUACCAAUACGAACUGGUCUGCGAGCUGGACGCAUUAGUCG